GUUAUCAUGAAUUACAGCCUGUUGUCAGGGGAAGUUUUUGUUUUUCUGUGUAUGAUUUAGUUUGCAAAACAUGAACAAUAGAUAGUUUAUUAAAUCGCGGUGUGUUGGAGAAUUGGAAUUUACUGGUGCCGUUUUAAUUUUGGAAGAAAAUUAUAUAUAAACGAGAUGGAGUGGCUGUUGGAUCCCUCUCACCUCCUCAGAGAGUCCUCUAAUGGUACAAACAACGAGCUGACUUAUGGCUUCGUGUCCUGCGCUGUCUCCGUCCUCUUCUAUGGAAGCAACUUCGUUCCUGUAAAGAAGAUUGACACUGGAGAUGGCAUGUUUUUUCAAUGGGUGCUUUGUGCUGCUAUAUGGACGGUGGCUCUGAUUGCGAACAUCAUCUUGAGCAGCCCAAAGUUCUGGCCCCUGGCGAUGCUGGGAGGAGCCAUCUGGGCUACAGGUAAUAUUACAGUUGUCCCCAUAGUUAAGACCAUCGGUCUCGGCCUAGGCCUUUUGAUAUGGGCUUCCUUCAACCUACUGAUGGGCUGGGCCAGCUCGCGAUUCGGAUGGUUUGGUAUCGAGGUGGAAAAAGUCAGCAAACCGACGCUUAACUACUGUGGAGCCGGGUUGUGUUUGCUCAGCGCCAUCGUGUUUUUCUUUGUGAAGAGUGACGGACAGAGACCUGCCACAUCUGAAGAGACGCCUCUGCUCAUAGACAGUAGCGUGAACCCUGACUCUCACACGUCCUCAGAUAACUCGUGGGUGGACAUGUUGCCUCCCCUCACGAAGCGCCUGGUUGGUUCCUCAUUUGCCGUAAUCGCAGGACUCCUCUACGGCUCAUCAUUCAUUCCCAUGCUGUACAUCAAAUACCACGCCAGUCAGCAGGACAGCCAGUUUUAUGGCGCGAGCCAAUUUGAUCUGGAUUAUGUCUUCGCUCACUUCAGUGGGAUCUUCUUCACCAGCACUGUGUACUUCCUCAUCUAUUGUGCCUUCAAAAGGAACAAACCUCAAGUCUUCCCUAAAGCUGUGCUACCAGGGUUUGUUUCCGGGUUGAUGUGGGGCGUGGCCACAUGCUGCUGGUUUCUGGCCAAUCACUACCUAAAGCCACUGGUGAGCUUCCCAAUCAUCACUACGGUUCCUGGGCUUAUUGCUGCUUUAUGGGGAGUCGUAGUUUUUAAGGAAGUGAAGGGACUGAAGAAUUACCUGGUGCUAAUCCUGGCAUUUUGUAUGAUUGUGACUGGAGCGUUACUGACCGGCUUCUCGCUGUAGUUACACGUUGGCAAUCACAAGGUGGAGACAAAAACACCAGUUCAUCCCAUAUGGCCACUGAUAGCUUUCUUAAACCAUUUUGUACCUCAAAAUGAUGCACUUGUCUUGAUUACUGUAAAUCACUGUGAGAAUGUCAGACAAUAUUAGCAUAAUGAUGGGAAACCUGAUACUUUUCAUUUUAGUGACAGUUCUUUGGACAGACUGUAACUAAUCUGUAAUAUUCAAUGCAUUGCUUUCUGUCAUAUUUAGAUCAUGAAGUACCUCUAUUUAAUUUUCUUAGUUGCACGUUUUACAUUAACUGUCAAGUUCAAUGAAAAUGAUGUUGAGAGAGAUUAAUUUUGCCAUGUGUGCUUAUUAAUGUUAUGUGCAUGAGUGAUUUCCUAAUACUAUGUUUGUUAUUAAUAUAAAGGAAAUAUUUUAUCAAUAAAACCUCUUUUUUGAUAA